AUGUUGGAUCUAUCUCAUAACAAGCUAAGGAGCCUUCCGGCAGAGUUGGGUGAUAUGAUAUCGCUCUGCCACCUCUAUCUUAACCACAAUCAACUCCGAGUUUUACCAUACGAGCUUGGAAAGCUUUUUAGGAUACAAACAUUGGGUCUCCAAGGGAAUCCUUUGUCUCCUGAGAUCAAUAAGAUUUAUCACGAAAGCAAUGGAUCCCACAAAUUACUGCAUUUCCUUCACGAUCAUUUAGCAACCGUUCUGACAAUGAUCUCAAAGCUUACUCGAGUAAUCCAUAACGCUUGA